AUGGAAGAUCAAUUUACGCAUAUUUUGUCUCAAAAAGCGAUAGGAAACAUACUGUGGCCACUCAUAAUAAUACUUCUGUUCAAUACUGUGGUCAUAAGUCAAUAUAGUAUUCUUGAAUUUAACGAAACGCAGUCCGGAUUUUCAGCUUAUAAUGUUAAAACUUAUGGUGAUGGAACAGUAUUAGUUCAGAUGAUUUCGAACAAAUUGAAUGUUUCAACAAAUGCAAAUACCACGUUAAAUUGUACACUACCAAUCCUUUCUUUUCGAAUUCUUUAUCCAAAUGGAUCCAUUAAUUCGAUUAUCAUAGAAUCAUCAGGAAUUCCUGAUUUUAAUUUUUGUCAAAUAAACAUUGAUGGGAUAUCUGAUUAUUAUAUUCAAGUUUAUCCUCUUGCGAAUAAUUUCAUUUUUACUACUUAUCUAAAUUCAAGUGAUCCCAAAAACGCUUAUGUAUAUGGGCUUCUAAUAUCAUUUAAUGGGAGCAUCAUCAGUACGAUUUAUUUACAUGAAGCAUAUGCGAAUGAAGCUGGAAAUAUUCAGCCACCUGGUUCCAUAUAUUAUUCCAAAUAUAUUGUGAAUGUAGGUUUCCUAUAUGUCGGGUUACGAAGAGACACAGGAGACGUUAUGUGGAGUCAUUUUACCACGCCUCAUUCGGUGAACGAUUAUAAGAUUAAUCGUGUGCAUGAUGGCAUAAUACCUAACGUAGAAAACAGAAAUACUACUGUACGAUUCUCUGCUUUCCCAAAUUCCGCUGGUGGUUAUAGUUUGAUAGUAUCUCGUGUUUCUAAUGAUAAUAACAACAUAACAAAUCAAUCGUCGACUCCUCCCACAAGUAAUCCAAUAAACGUGAGACUAUUAGUAGAGGCAUUUUUAAUUUUUCCUUAUGGAGCCGGUAUCACCGUCCCAAGUUUGAUAUAUUCAAACCCAUCUCCUAAUUUAAAUGUUUUGACAAUGACGUGUAAUGUUGAUUACUCUGGUGGUGGUAAUGUGUGUCAAUUAUAUCUAGUUCAAAACCAAAAUACGUUUGCUUUAAAAAUAAUUUAUUUAUCCUCCGGAUCGGUGAUGUCAAUUAAAGUGAUGCAGGCUGCUAACACUAACAACGCGGAUGACGUUAAAAUUAGUCCUUUGAUUCACGGGGGAUAUCUAUUAACUGUGCACGACCAUAGAUCUAUGGGUAUUCAGACUAUUAAUGGAUAUAUUCUCAAUGCAACGGGAGAUAUAAUAAGUAAUUGGACUUUACCGCAACCAUUGAUAGUGGCUUCAAGGGGUCUUCCAUACGAUUUACUUCCAAAUGACACAAUUGUUUCAGUAGCACCCAAUAGUACAGAUCGUUAUUUAAGACUUGCGAAAACGAGCUUGGCAAUGUUUUCCGUACAAGAUAUUUAUUCGAAUCCACAGAUAAAUACAACAUUUCCUAAGAUAAACCAAGUAAUUCCAAUGAAUCUCAGAGAAAUAAAUAUAACUUAUCAAAAUUCUAUUGCACUUUCUUCUCAAAAUAUGAGUAUUUAUAAAUUUAAUAAUAAUACAUCGAAUAUUCUUCGCCAAACUUAUUCUGCAAGGUCAGGGCUUUGCUCGAUAAGUAAAGACCAAAAAACGGUUUUAUUUAAUGUCUUUGAGAGCACUUUCAACGAACCAUCUACGACUUAUUACGUGUUAAUUGACCCAAAUUUUGUGACAGCAAACAGCACUGGAGAACCACUAUUGGGUGUGCAAAGUGGAAUAUGGAUUAUGACUACUGCUGUUCAAACUACAUCAGAACUUUUUUCAGAUUCUAUAACAGGUCUUAUCAGAUUGACUGUCAAUGGAACUCAACAAUUUGAACAACUUUCAUCCUCUGAUAAAAAAAAUUUUUUAAACGAAUUAUGCAAAGAACUAGCCUCAGUAAUACCAACAUCAUCAUCGAGGCUUAUUCCAAUGGAUCGUUAUGAACGCGAUCCUAAUACACCAGAACCACAAAUUCAAUUAGCACUGACAAUUACAUCUACAUCCGAUAUUUCUCAAAGAAAUUCAUUUCAUAUUUAUGAAAAUUUAAACACUUUAAUAAUAAAUAGAGAUUAUACUUCGUUGUCAUUAUUAAAACAUACACAAUAUAUUGAUUCGACUUAUGCAUUUACUCGCGCAACUAAUAUAUGGAAAGAUCAUAAAGAUAUAAUAAUUGCUUUCAUAAUUGUAAUUUUAUCAUUGUUCUUGUUUUUUGCUCUAGCUUAUCGUUUGAAUCCACAGGCUCAAAAUAGUGCAGUCUUCAGAUUCGCACUUUUAUUUAUUAGUUUUGGACUCAAUGUUGCUUUUACUUUCAAAAAUGCACGAUAUGUUUAUGAACUCUAUACACCAAGCCUCGCAAUUUUAGUAUUCUCCUUUGCAUUCAAAGAAGCAUUUGGUGUCUUUUUGAUUAUCAGAGAAGCGCAAUCAAACAUUCGAUUUUCUGAUUGGUUUCAAAAUCGUGUCGCUAUUAUUACAAUAUUUACCUUAUUAUCAGGUAUUGACAUAUAUGCAUUAAUAGUAGUUUCAUCUAAACUCUGUGGUUUAGAAAUUUUGAGUGCACCAAUUUCUGAAAAAGCCAAGACUGGUAUUUUUUGGGCAGAAUUUGCUUCAUUCUUUAUCAAAGAUAUCCCACAAUUCGUUAUUCAG